AUUGUAAUCCAGAGGCGCUGUUGGUGGCUCCGCUCCACUUUGGAAGUCAAAGCCAGUUUAACAGAGGGUGUGUUCUGCAUCCACCUGGACAAGCGACGUUUGGAUUUCCUUUUUCUCGUUGUUUGUCAAACAAAUGCGUAACUUUUAUACAAGACAAGGAAAGAGAUACACAGCGUUACAAGGCAAAACUUAUCAGAUUGCUGGGAUCAAAACUGGCUGUCACUUUCAGCGAAAGGAAUCUGGAUUCAAGGAUGUUGCUGGAGCUCUGAACAGCAAAGAUGAGUGUGACAUCAUGGUUCCUGGUGAGCAGCUCAGGGACACGACACCGGUUACCGCGGGAGAUGAUCUUCGUGGGCCGGGAUGACUGCGAGCUCAUGCUGCAGUCCCGCAGUGUGGACAAACAGCACGCUGUCAUUAACUAUGACCCUGCCACGGAUGAGCACCUGGUGAAGGACCUGGGAAGCCUUAAUGGGACGUUUGUCAACGACCUCCGAAUCCCAGACCAAACCUACAUCACGCUCAAGCUCUCCGACAUCAUCCGAUUUGGAUAUGAUGCUCACGUGUACAUCCUGGAGAGGAGCCAGCACAAGGUACCAGAGGAGGCUCUCAAGCAUGAGAAGUACACCAGCCAGCUGCAGAUCGGUGUAAAGACGUCAGAGUCCAAGAGACGGGAGCACGCGGAGGAGAAGAGCAGAGCCACGGUGUCUCCCAGCUCUAAGCAGGACAAGAGUGACCGCAAGGCCACACCAGAUGCCCCUGUGUCCAGACCCACUCCUCUGUAUGGGCAGCCUUCGUGGUGGGGAGAUGAUGACGAGGAGCACCUGGACCAGUCCGGUAAAGCCGACUCCAAGGAGCCGGGGGUCAAUGGCUGCCACGGCGACGACCCGUCCAAGCCUGUCUACUCGUACCGACGGGAGCCCAGCUACUUCGAGAUCCCCACUAAGGAGAUCCAGCAGCCGGCCGGCCGACCCAAGACGUCCGAGCCGCCGCAGCCACUGCAGCUCCAGGAAAUCCCCACCAAGGACACGGACGCCCAGGUCCCGAGCCUGCCGAUCCCCAUCCCGGCGACGCAACCUGAGACGCCUCCCGUGGUGCAGAGCCACGCGUCCUUCACCAUCGAGUUUGACGACUGCGAGCCGGGCAAGAUCAUGAUCAAGGACCACGUGACCAAGUUCUCCUUUCGGCAGCGCCGGCGAGAGUCGGGCGGUGGAGGGGAGCCGGCAGCAUCAGCCGCCGCCACGCCCCUGGAGGAGAUGUCGGCAGAGAGCAAGGUCGCUGAUUGGCUGGUACAAAGCGACGUCGGCAUGAUGAGGAGGAAGUCGCGCACAGAUGAUCUGUACAGCACCAAGAGUGACCUGCCCAUUAACAACAAGACACUCAACGAUCACCAGCAUGAAGAUGGGACUCAGAGUGAUUCUGAGGAUCCUGUUCUAAAGGAGAAACAACGUCUGCACUCUCAGUCACCAGCCUCUACCCAGAGGUCUCCACAACCCCGGCAGCACUCACCCUCUGACCUCUCCACCGCACACUCUUUCACCCCUCCUUCUAUCGAGCCCCCGCUCACCUCCUCCACCCCCGCUCUGUCCUCACCGCCCCAGAGCCAAGCCCGGGGCGACCCCCAGCAGGCCUUCGUCAUCGAGUUCUUUGACGACAGCAACGCGCGCAAGAAGCGCUCGCAUUCCUUCAGCAACAACAUGGGCCCAGGCGAGGCCAACGUUGUGCUGAAGAGCCGCCUGGAGAAGAGAAAGAGCGCCGCCCUGUUGGGUGAGAGAGGCACUGCAGCGCAGGGCUCCACUCUGCCAACGCAGCAGUUCACCGUCCCGCUCAAGGGCUCGUCGUCUUCAGGGGGCUUCUACAGGGCCGGCUCCCUGCGGCGGGAGAAGACGGACGUGCGUCUCGGCUCCUCCUCCAACUUCUCCUCGCGCUCGGCCUCGUCGCGGCCCUUUGGCAGUGUGGGCCGACGCUCCAAGCUGGCGCAGGACUUUGCCAACGAGUUCCUCCGCCAGUCCCGUCCUCCGUCAGCCACCGCUGCCCCUGCCCCUUCUUCAUCCUCCUCCUCCUCCUCACCCUCAGCAUCCACCGCCACCUCCGCUGCCUCCACACAAGCCCCGCUCCAGCGGAGCACACCAGCCUCCCGCCCCAGCCACCACUCCUCAGGCCCCAAGCAGUCCUCUGUGCCUAUGAAAGGGCCCCUGAUGUCCCUGAAGGGGUCGGACCCAGACCCCAAGGCCCCCAGAGCCUUCAGGAACGAGGAGGAGGACAGCCUCAGUGACGCUGGUACCUACACCAUAGAGGGCGACAUCCAGGACAAGGAGGUCGAGGAAGCCCGUAACAGGAUCGAUAAGGUGUUUGGUGUUGUGGAGAGUCCUGACUCCAGCACCCAGCCCAGCCCCGAGGCCUUUAGGCCCGAGCUCUCGGGCAGGAGACGCAGCAGCAGGGAGGCCCAGUCUAGCAGCCUCUCUCAUAGUGAGGGUAGUUCUUCUGCCCCUGCCCAGGGCAAUUACUCAGCAGGCUUUAGCCAGUCGCAGAGCCAGUCAGAGUCCUCCGGGGGACCCAGGUGGGUGUCCAGGUGGGCCAGUCUGGCUGACAGCUACUCCGACUCCAACCCAGUGACGGGCCUCUUCGACAUCCCGACUCAGAUGGACCUUUCAAGCUCUGGUGGAGCGCGGAUCAUCCACCAGGCCAUGCUGAACAAGAGCUUUGAGCCCUCAGAGUCCGAGGGCACGCGCUCACGCCGCGUCCUUCCUCAGGUGCCGUCGCAGGAGAAGGCAGAGGCCAGCCCGCCCAGCAUCCACAUCCAGCCAGACCCCUACGGCACCUACGAUGUCAAAGGUCGGAGGUCAAAAAGCCCCCGUCAGAAGGAAGACGUCCAGCGCCUGCACGUGCAGGACGACCUGGACCCGGACAGCUUGAGCGACGCCAGCAAGUCAGACGACAGCUCCGUGGUCGAGCAGGGCAGGAGGUCCAGUUUAGGGAGGUCCGGUGGCAAGAGCUGGUCCCGGAACCGGACCGACACCUUGGACGUGUCCGCCAAGUCCACGUCCUACUGCGUGAGCUCCGAGGACAGCCUUUCCAAGCCCGAGUGGGACCAGGACGAGCGGCCCAAGUUCUCCAGCGCCACCAUGACCAGGCACAGGCCCACCAGUGCCACCGGCUCCACCACCUCUCCGCCCAACCAGGAUGGCCAGGACCGAGCCGGCAGCGCCAGCCGGAGCGAGGGUGGCACUUCCCCGUCGUUCUCCAGGCAGGAGAGCUACACCAAGAGCCAGGCCGGCGAUGAUGGUCAGCAGAAGCGACUGCCCAACAUCUCCAACAGCCAGGACUUCUCAAAGGACCGCAGCGCCUCUGCUGGCAUUGGCACCCAGGACACUCACUCGUACCUGAAGCAGACCGAGGAUGUCCUUGCUGCCCUGGAAGCCAAGCUGCAGGUUCAGAGCUAUGGUCAGUCGCUGCCCGCUAGCGCCUCAGCUGGUGUAGAGGACUCGCUAUCCGGAGAGUCGGACGUGGACACGUCCAGCACAGUUAGCCAGCGGAGCAGCAAGAACUCCAGAGAGUCGGUCUCCGGGACCGGAAAGAAGUCCUCUUCCUCUACAGCCACAGGUAGUGUCCACAAGACCAGGUCAUCUGUCAAUCUGAUGGACCAGGACGGCAGCCGACCGAGCCCGGCCCGCACUCGUCUCUACGAGAAGCGGCAGGUGAGUACGGCUGACUCCUUGUCUUCCUCUGGUCGUCCCCGGACCAGCCUGCGGCAAAGCGUCAGCAAACACGGCUCCAUGGACUUCAGCGAGGACAACCUGCUCUCUGGCUGCGUGGGAGUGGGCACGCGACACUGGUCCGACUCCAUGACCUCUGACCAGGAGUCUGGCUCGCGGACGUCCUUCAUGCGCAAGAAGAGCGCGGCCCCCUUCCAGAGGGAGGAGCCCACCAAGACGAGCCGGACCGGAGGAGGCGGUGCUGUUGCCCAGGCUCUGGGCCGCUCCAACUCCCUGUCCGCGCCCCGGCCCACUCGGGCCUCCAUGCUCCGCCGGGCCCGCCUCGGAGACGCCUCCGACAACGAGGGCCCCGAGACGGAGCGCACCUGGCAGAGCGCCAACGAGUCCGGAGUGCCGGUGGGCACGCGCGCGCCGCCCCAGGAGGUCAAGCAGCAGCAGCGGCCGCUCUCACGGCUGGACCUCCUGGCUCUGCCACGCAAGCGCACCAGCUCCUUCACCACGCCCAGCGACACCGAGGCCUCGGCCCCCCCGCGCACCGGCUUCUCCAACCGCAGCUCCGAGUCCACCACGUCCGUGCGCAAGGCCUCCGUGGCCGCCGACCCCAAGAGCGUGGCCAGGAAGGCCGCCGUGCAAGCGGCCCACAAGCCCAUCAUCCGCGGACGCUCCAGCAGCGCCAAGUACGCCAGCAGCACAGCCAGCUCCCGGAGGCGCCAGAAGGGCUCCGACUACACCUCCACGUCUGAGGAGGAGUACGACUCCAACCACAGCACGCCUAAACACAAACGCUCCCACCACACCUCAGGGUCGUCAGCCUCGGGGACGCCCCGCGGUCAGACCCCCGUGCUGGCCCGCGCCGGCCUGCGUGUGCGCAGCCGGGAAUCGGGGGAGGAGAGCCACGGAGAGGGAGACGCCUUCCAGAACUGGAGCUCGCACAGCGCAGAGAUCGCCAGGCUUAGUCAGGACCUGGCGAAGGAUCUUGCCAUCUUGGCGCGGGAAAUCCAUGACGUGGCAGGAGAUGCAACGGAACAGCCGCAGGCGGACGCAGCCGGACCGAUCUCCACCGUGCCAGUGCGAGAGGAGCUACGGCAUAACAUUCCAGAGCCCAGCUUGAACUUCCAGAAGAGUCAGUCUGCCUCAGGCUUGGCCAGACACCCCGAUCAGGUCCUCUACAGCCAAGAGAUGACCUCCAAACAUCGGGGCAGAGCCCAAGAUGAGGUGGCUGGAGAAAAUCUGCUGCUGAAUCCUGUGUCUCAGGUCUCUCUGGCUAUACGGGAAAACACUGAACAGCUGACCGAAAAACUCAAGGUCCUGUUUCAGAACAAAGCAGACGUUUGGGAGGAAAUUGAGGCAAUCAAUUCAGACAAUGAUAUUCCUACUCACAAAACAGGCAACAAGGAAAUUUCAGCUAUUCUAAAAGAGCUGAGAAGAGUGCAGAGACAACUGGAAGUCAUUAACAACAUCAUCGAGCCGGAUGGCAAGGCUGAGCUGAGCCGUGUGUCCUCCAGCAGCACGCCCUCUCUGAUGGGGCUGAGGGGGGACAGGCCGCUCCUCAGAGACAGGAGGCCCACCACCUCCCCACGGGCCAGCGGAGCAGGAGCAGGUGGAGGUGGUGGUGGUGGGCCCCCACCUGCCAGACCUGGCAGCAGGAAGUCCGGGGCCGCCUCAGACGGAGAGAGCUUUGUGGUGUGAGGAGAAGGAGGAGGAGGAGGAGGACACUGGAGGUCUCCUCGCCAUGCACUCUCACUGGGACUGCUGCUGCACUGAUGGGAGAGAGAGAGAACGAGUGAGUGAAUGAAACAGUGAGAGUGAGAGAGAGUGAAUGAGUGAGAGAGUGAGAGAUGAGAGAAGUUAGUGCACUGACAGUAGUCGGGAGACAUAUUUGCACUUUGUCCAUGUUGUACCAGACCGACUGUUUUGCAGCACAAAAAGGAUUGUUUAGAGAGCCCACACUUGUUCUCUUCAUGUCAUUUGGCAUUUUAUUUUGUGUGUAUGGGGAGGGGUGUGUAUGUGUGUGUAACCAUGCCACAGUGGGGCACUUCGUAUUUGGUGACAUGGACGCUCCAGUGCCAUGAAGUACCUCAGAUGAAUUUGUCACUUUGACAUAUUGAAAUAUUUCACAGUUUACUUGACUUUUUUGUGUAUAUAUUUUUGUAGAGCUAUACAGGUCUUGAUCUGGGGUUAAUAAAUGGUUUCCUUGUUGGGUUGAAUCACGUGUAGGUGUAAUACCUACAAACAAAGUUAUUAGUGAAGUUUCUCUUUUAUUUUGCUUUGGAAGUCAGUGGAAGUGGAUGGCUUAAAGUUAUUCCGUUCCUCAGAAUAAAUGAAUUUGUCCCAAGUUAUUCUGUCCACAACACAGCAAUGGGAGCAUAUUAGUGAGACUAUAGACUCAUUCAUGUACUUACAUACAAUUUCUAUGUCUCUGAGAGCCAAAAGCUAUAUAUAAUUAUAUUGAGGAGAUGGGAGGCUCCUCCUCAGGACCAUAUUAGUGAGACUAUAGAAAUUGUAUGUAAGUACAUGAAUGAGUCUAUGUCUCUGAGAGCCAAAAGCUAUAUAUAAUUAUAUUGAGGAGAUGGGAGGCAGGUCAACAUGCACUUUGUCUGUUUGAAGUUGUAAAUGACUAAAGGAUGGUAUGUGCACUGAUGGUAUGUGCCUGUCAGGCUUCGUGUGCACCAGAACUAAGCAUCUAUGCGGAGAGGGUGGCUGUUGCUUGUGCUUGUGCUGGUGUGUUAUAAGGGGGUGGUUUGCUAUGGAGGGAAUGGGAUAGGGUGCUUUGGCCUAGUUUUUCUGAUUACUUGCCCAACCUUUGUGAUUGGCUAGUUUUGCUGAUGUGACCUUAUUUAGGGUGUGGAGGUGCACUGAGGCUUGGCCCACAGCAGUGUUCUCCACACACAGCCAAAGGGCUCCUCCUCAGGACCAAACUCUACUCACUACAGUAGUUUGGGAUCAGAGAGGUUCAGCAUUGGAUCUGCCUGGCUCUUGUAUUGGACUUCUUGUAUUGUUGAGACUUUGACCGGACCUUAAGAAGAAAUGGCCAGCACUCUCUUCACACUUCAGAAAUCCUUUCCAAUCAGAAUGAUCUUGAGAGCUGAGAAUCUGCAUUUAAAAUGUUUGAACACUACAGAUGAAGUCUGUGAAACAUGAGGCUCUGGGUGUCUCAGGUGCCUGUCAUGUACAAAUUGCUGCUGAUUUUUUUUAUGAUUGACAAUCGUUUGCGUGUAGCUGAUUAUUUAAUGAGUUAAUUACUUAAUAGGCUUGUCUACACCAAGCAGUAUGCACCAAUGGUGCUGUGUCAAUCUUCUCAGCUGUGUAAAUCAUGUGAAUGCUGUCAGUGCACACACACACACACACACAUACACGCACACUUGCUCUCUCACACACACACACACACACACACACACACACAAACAAAAAUAAAACACAUUUAGUUCUUGUGAUUAACUUAGUUUGUCUCAUUUUGUCAAGGCACAGGUAUGGUUUAGUAUAAAUGGCUGAAGCUUCAGACACAAGGGCUCCUGGGUGACUAUGGCCACCAGAGCUUCUCUGCUGUGGUGAGCCCAGUUGCCUUCAGAGGUGCUUUAUAUCUCUUCGACUGGGAGCUCCUGCAUCCUGCGGUACACCUGACCAUAGGGUCCAUGUCUGCACACCUGUGCUGUUUACAUGAAAAAUAUCAUAUGCGUCACUUGCACAGAGUUGUGUUCCUCUUGUGGUUUAUGCAGAUGCCAUGGUUACUGUAUUCCCAGACAGGCCCUGACUUCCUGCCUGCCUUGUUAUGGUGUUAACCACCACGGUCACAAUUGAGAAGUGAUUAUUUUAUUUCCAUUGUUAAAAAAGACACCAACUGACUGUACACAAGUCAUAGGCUAAAAUGUAUGACACACACACAAGGUCUUUGUAGACACACUAUUAAAGGUUAUCUGGCACUUCCUCAGAGUGUAUAUUUCAUUCCACAACUUUUUUAGUAGUGGAGGUUUUGGGUACAUAUCUGUUUCUAUGUUCAGACUGACACACUACACUGAUUUGCACUCUAUAUCUGCAUGAGAGCAGACGAGCAGGCGUGAGGCUCCAGUUGUUUGGGGAUAUUUUCAUCCUCAGACCAUUGGCAAGGUUUUGUUCUCCUCCUCCACCUCAAACAGAUUUUAAUAGAACACUGAUGUUGGUUUUUUCAAGCAAUUCUGGUGCUCAGACUGUGGUAAUUGGAUGGAAUUGCUUGGUUACAUCUUGGACCAAAUGAACUUCCCUUUAUAAAGCAGUUCAACUCUGAUAACAAAAUCCAAGCUUAAAGCUUUAAACUGCUCUCUUUCUCUCUCUCUCUCUCUCUCUCUCUCUCUCGCUCUCGCUCUCUCUCUCACUCUCUAAAGUUAACUGUAUGAAAUCAUGUCAUUUAUACAGAAUGUAUCAAUCGCUGAAUGUCAAAUUUGCCUACCAGAUGUAAAGAAAUAAGUUAUCGAUGUCAUGAAAAAAGUAAAAUUUUGUAAUGAAAAUAUAUAUAAUUUUGUGCAUAAAUGUAAUUCAGAGGUGUAUGAUUUUUCUGUUUGUAAUAAAUUGAU